AUGUUUCAGAUUCCUCUCCUGCCUAAUCUGCCCCCGUCGGUAGCGGCGGGUUUUCCCUCACUCACCGCCAGGGCCCUCCUCGGCACGCCCACGCCCACACCCACGCGCCCAUCGCCGCCCAUGACCACGCCCAGCAUUCACGCCAACCACAACUCUAGUCCGGGGAUCAGCAAGGAAACUAUCGCCGCCAUGAACAGUAACAGCCUGGGCGCCGGCGGCCUGCGAGACAGCGCCGCGGGCGUGAACCCCCCCGGAGGCGUGUCCGUGGCCUCCACUACCGCCGCCACACCCUCCAUCCCCUCCUCCGUGCCCGGGGGCUGCAGCACGGGCGUCCGCGACGGGCCCAUGGGCCUCGGGGGGGCAGGGAUGGGCGGCCCCAUGACCGGCAUGGCUGGCGGUCCCAUGGGCGGAGGUCCCAUGGGGGGUGGACCCAUAGGUGGCCCUAUGGGUGGGGGUAUGGGGGGCUCGAGAGGCCCCUCCCCCCAUCACACCUCCCCCACACAUCCGGGGAUCAUGCCCCCCUCCUCCGUCGGGUUGCAGAACUGCCACGGCGCAAUGACCGCAGAAAAGAGUGCAGAUUUUUUUCUUCCGCUCAUGAAGUACAUAAUGAACAUGAGCGAGGACGACCCGCGCCGGAUGGAGGAGAUCCGCAAGUACGCCGCCAUUUACGGACGCUUCGACUGUAAGCGGAAGCCGGAGAAACCGCUGACGUUGCACGAGGUGUCCGUCAACGAGGCUGCGGCACAGAUUUGCAAGUACAUGCCGGCGCUGCUGACGCGCCGCGACGAACUCUUCCCUCUCGCCCGACAGGUCGUGCGUGACUCGGGUUACCAGUACUCCAAGGGGCAUUCCAGGUCCCAGACCGUAGUCGGCCGCGAGGAGGAGCCCAGGACUAAAAGGUCAAGGUCAGAUUCAGGUCAUGACACAGGUGACCUCAAGAACGACCUCCAGUGGAAAAAGAGACAGGAGCGCCUGGAGGCCAUCAGCGAGGAGUUGAGACACAUGAGCGAGCGCGCCGAAGAGGUGAGGACUUCCCUCACCUCGGGCAGCGGGGACGUGUCGGCUCUCACCUCCCAGAUGGACGCUCUGCAGACCCGCCACGCCCAGCUCACCCUCGAACAGAACGAGCUCCUCAAGGCCCAGCGCAAGUGA